UUCAGAUUAUGUUGGAAGAGUAUUGGGACAAGGAGAUUCAAUGAAGAGUGAAGACGACGUUCCCUUUCUCGUUUGGGAUGGAAGUAUCAAAUAUGACGACGUAAAGCGCGCGGCUGUGGAGGCAUACCCCAACCCAACGUUGUUCAUGUCAUGCACGAUAAGGAAGACAGGAUUGCGAAUAUCUGCCUCUGUCAUUGGUUUUCUUCAGCUACGAUUCCCUCUCUAAUGGCGGAAGCCAGUAUAAAACCAAGUUGUGUUGGUUCUAAUAAUAAUUGAAAGAGUUGCCUUCAUACAGACCAUGAUUUCCGAACUUCAGAGAUGCAUUGGUGGCAGAGCAGCUUUUCUUCACCUUCAUCGUCGUCGUCGCCCUCACCUAAAUCAUCCAGUGGUUAUCAUAAAAAACGCAAUAAUGUCAGGGACAUUAACUUCUUCAGGAGCCGUCGAGUCACCCACGCCCAGCCCCGUCUCACACGACAGCGCAAGCUUCGCCAUCUCAGUGACCUCGACAUCCGCCGUUUGUCCUUAGAUAACUACGACGAUCACAAUUCGUUGCCUGUCUCGAAGUCGUCCAACAAUCUCGAGAUCCUCUCCGGGCGGUCAUCGUUGUCAUCGUCUUCGUCUGUGGUUCCUCAGCCGUUGCCGCGGCCCGAUUUAUCUGCGGUUAUUCGUCGGGAACCGGCAUUCUCGUCUCCCCAUUCGACGGACUUUCCUCUUCCUUCCCCUAAGAAGGUGCCCAGCAGAGGUGAGGGGGAGGACGGGGAUAAAAGGGAUAGCUUAGCUGGAGACGGAACAGGGCGGGGAAUCCUCCCUACCUCUGCAAUCGGGAGUAGGUUUUCUUACCAAGCUGUCCACAAGAGUCCAGAUCAUGUUGACAUACUGUCAGAUAAAUCUCCAAAGGAUCGCAUGCGGAUAGUGCUUCAAGAUCCAAAUAAUGUUGAUAAGGUUCGAGACAACCACAUAUUCAAUUUUCCUACUAAGAGUGCUCCAACCAGUGGGUUCUCAAGUCCUGCACUUAGCCCUCGAAGAUUGAGUAAUUGUGAUCUCUUUCCUCCUUACAUACAUUCUCAAGUUCAACAGACUUGGUCUGCCCCAGAGCUCCCACCCUUAGACCUGCUUGUAGGAUUCUCUUCACAAACAUCACCAGAGAAAACUCUAUCUGGUUUUGACCAUUAUUCACUUCAUAGUCCCAAAGUAAGCAGUUCUGGCCUAAACAUCAAAAGUCGAAGUGGAGCUGCACCCCCAUCACAUCCCACAUUAUCUCCAGAGCUUUUGUCAGCAUGUAUUGAAAAUGGUAGUCCCAGGAUCAACAGUUAUAGCCAAAACGUCAAAAGUCCAAAUGGACCUGCAUCUCCAUUACAUCCAAAACUUUCUCCAGAGUGUUUAGCUGUGUGGCAUGAAAGUAAUGGUCAUGUCAAUGUCCAUCCAUUACCCCUUCCUCCUCCGCCAUCAUAUUUUCUUCAUCAGACUGCAGCUAAAGUGGAGGUAUCAUCACUUGCUGGGCAAUGGCAGAAAGGAAAGCUCAUUGGAAGUGGUACAUUUGGAAGUGUUUAUGUUGCCACAAACCGGGAAACUGGAGCUUUAUGUGCAAUGAAAGAAGUUAAUCUGAUCCCUGAUGACCCCAAAUCUGCAGAAUGUAUAAAGCAACUGGAGCAGGAAAUUAAAGUUCUUAGCCAAUUAAAGCACCCAAAUAUAGUGCAGUAUUAUGGUAGUGAAAUAAUUGAGGAACGGUUCUACAUAUAUUUGGAGUAUGUUUAUCCCGGUUCAAUUAAUAAAUAUGUCCGUGACCAUUGUGGGGCAAUUACAGAAUCAGUUGUUCGUAAUUUCACCCGCCAUAUCCUCUCUGGGUUGGCUUACUUGCAUAGCACCAAGACAAUCCACCGGGAUAUCAAGGGGGCAAAUAUGCUUGUUGAUGCAUCUGGUGUUGUCAAGCUUGCUGACUUUGGGAUGGCAAAACAUCUUAAUGGACAAUCAACUGAUCUCUCUUUGAAGGGAAGUCCAUACUGGAUGGCCCCAGAGGUUAUACAAGCUAUGAUAAAGAAAGAUACGAGUCUUGACCUUGCAUAUUCCAUUGACAUUUGGAGUUUGGGCUGUACUGUUAUUGAGAUGCUGAAUGGAAAACCUCCCUGGAAUGAGCUUGAAGGGGUUGGAGCUAUGUUUCAAGCUCUAAAAGGAUCACCGCCAAUACCGGAAACAUUAUCACCUGAGGGCAAGGAUUUCCUCAGGUGUUGCUUUCAAAGAAACCCUGCAGAUAGGCCAUCAGCAAUCAUGUUGUUGGAACAUCCUUUUGUGAGAAUCUCAAAUUAUCCAGAAGGUCCAGGUUUCCUGCAAGCAUUUUCUGGAAUGAAACUAGUGGACAAAGCAUAUAAUACCAGAGAGUGGAAUAAACAUAAAUCUGAGAUGGUGUCAACAUCUCCAAGCACAUCAACUACAAAAGGAAGCAUACCAUCUAAUGGUGAUCAACAAUCUCAUGCUGAAACUUGCGACUCCGCAGCAGCCUCCCAUCAUUCUCCUAAAUCCAUCCUCGAGGCCUUUGGCAGUUUGUCUCCACACUCAAAUAGCACACAUAAUUCCAGACAUUCUCAACAAUGUAGACUUGCACACUUGGAGCAGCCAUUAAUAUGCCUUCACAAGAGCUUAUGGGAGGAAGUCUCACAACUUUACUGACACAGGUUGAUCAGAUUCAUAUCUACAACAUAUUGUUCUCUCAUUUGGAUCUGGGGAAGACUUGCAAGUUAGUUGCGUAGAGUUAAGAGAUGCCUGCAUUGAAGCUGCAGUUAGUUCCCAGAUCACAUGAACAGCAGAACAUCUGUAAAAAGUUCUUUCCUGUAUCAUCAAUAUUGACACCUGUUGAAGCUACAAGGCCUCAUCUUUGAUUUUCAUAAUUAUUAUUAUCAUUUUGUGCUGAAUGCUGAAGUUCUUUAUCCAUGCUAUGCGGAGAAGAUUUUCACAUGUAUAGGAUAGUAUCAAAUUGACUUUGUAGAUAUUUAGGUCCUUAGUAGCCAGUCUAAUUAUUGCAUAGCAUAUAGUUUAUCUUCAUGUUCUUGUAUACGAGGUAGAGGCAGAGCAACCCAAAGGAUGAAAUUUUCUUUCAUUGACAGUUUUGAUGUAACUGGCUGUUGUGAUUGUCACUAGAUUUAUAUGUUUUUGGAUUUGAUCAAUAAAAAAGACUACCACUUAGGGCUCUCAA